CUGUGCUAAGGAGACAGCAGCGUAUGAUAAAAAAUCGCGAGUCUGCUUGUCAGUCCCGCAAGAAAAAGAAAGAAUACAUGCUGGGGCUGGAGGCAAGGUUACGGGCUGCGCUCUCGGAGAAUGAGAAGCUCAAGAAGGAGAACGGAUCGCUGCAGCGGCAGCUGGAUGAAGUCCUCUCGGAGAACCAGAGGCUUAAAGUUCCUAGUCCGAAGCGAAGAGCUGUCUGUGUGAUGAUAGUACUGGCAUUUAUAAUACUGAGCUACGGACCCGUGAGGUAAGUGUGUAGAU